ACAACUUUCAGUGUACAGUCAACUCUGGCACCGAAUAUUUCAUAAACUGAAAAGUAAGGACUAGAAAAUAUAUUUUUGUUCAUGACAGAGCUUACGACUUUAAAAUAUAAUUAUUCAUAUCUUUUGUCUGUCUGAAAGAUUUUGUAUUUAUAUAAAGUCAUAAUUCUUUAGUAAUUUUAUUUUGAGGCUAUAUUUGCUUAGUUCCGGUGCCUCAACCUGCACGUUUAUUUCCUACGCCACAUGGUAUACCUUAACAACGAUCUGGAUCAAAUCAUUUUGAACACCUUUAUGUUUGGAAAAUGGACUGCAAGGAAUCCAUUCUGGUUAAGAAGACAUCAGUCAAGAACUCGACUCCUUCACAAGAACUACAGAAUAAGUCACCUGCAAAAAACCAAAGUCUAGAUGAUGCAGCGAACAUGAACCAAUCAUUUCCAGAAGAUACAAAAGAGAAAAGUAUCACAGAAUCACAGUCCAAUUAUUUUGACAGUUAUACGAAUGUAUCCGUCCAUGAGCUCAUGAUUAAAGAUAGACCAAGAACACUGGCUUAUAAGCAUUUUAUUGAGAACAACAAAUAUUUAUUUCAAGACAAGAUUGUUCUGGACGUUGGGGCUGGAACAGGUAUUCUUUCUUGUUUUGCAGCCCAAGCUGGAGCAAAGAAAGUGUAUGCUGUUGAAGCAAGUGACAUUGCAGAGAUCUGUGAAGAUAUUGUCUAUCAGAAUCAUUUUGAAAAUCAGAUUACCGUUAUUCAUAAACCUAUUGAAGAAGCUGAACUUGACUGUAGUUGUGUGGAUGUCAUUUUAUCUGAAUGGAUGGGAUUUUAUUUGCUUCAUGAAUCCAUGUUAGACUCGGUACUCUACGCGCGUGAUAAAUGGCUCUCACCAAGUGGUAUUUUACUUCCUUCAAGGGCAAGUUUACAUUUAUCUCCUGUUUCUAUGAAAGAAUAUCACAAUGACCAUUUUUCUUUCUGGAAGAAUGUCUAUGGACUUGAUUUCUCACCAAUGAUUCCAUUGUCUCUCAAGAAAUACUUCAGUGAUCCUGUUAUUGAAGUUCUAAAACCAGACCAAUUAAUGUCUCCAGCUCUUCCAGUUUUUGAUAUUGAUUUAAAGACAGUUGCAUUAACCGAAAUACAAUCAAUUAGCAAAACAUUUAUGUUUAGUCUUCAGAAAACUGGAAGUGUUCAUGGUUUUGCGUGUUGGUUUGAUGUGAUUUUUGAAGAUAAAAUCAACAAAGAAUUUUCUAAAAAUUUAACUCUAUCAACUUCACCUUUUGCAGAAGCAACUCAUUGGAAGCAAACUGUGUUCUUUUUACCAACGCCAUUGCUAGUUGAUUGUGACGAUGAGAUUCCUUGUACUCUGACUCUGUCGCAGGAUAGUGGAAAUAAAAGACAUUAUAACAUAUGUAUUGAGGUGCCUGACGAUGCUAUUGAAAAUGAAGCUGCAACAGACGAUAGUAUAAAUAUUACUGGGGAUGAUAUUGAUACACCUGAACAGCACAGUAUUCCGUGUAACUGCAGUGCACCUAGAUGUCAGCUAAUUAAAACCAUUGUAGAGAAAUAUGAUGAUGAGCAAACCGAACUGCAGAAUGACAAUGUGAUUACUGUUACAUCAGAAGAAAUGGAUGAGGAAAGUGAGCAAGAUAUUUCAGAUUCCACUUCUUGAGUUCUCUACUAAAUCACUUAAAACAGACCGAAAUAAUAAACACUGUUAGUUGCUAGUAAAUUAUUCUGUGUGUUCGUUACACGGCAGGUUUCUUACUACUUCUAUUAAACUAUCUUCAUCUUUAUCCUCAACAUCAUUAUUUUAAGAGAUCAGUUUAAACAAAGUGACUCUAUUAGACCAGCAGUCAUUCUCAAGUAUUUCAUGUUCUCCUGUUACAAACUUUUACAGGAAUACAUCUCGUAUUUUUCUAUCAAGUUGCCUAUUGUCUUACGGCACUCCAUAAAAACAGGUGCUUAUACCAAAGUUAAUAUAUAAACAUGUUUACACUUGUAUACAUAUCUGUACAUACAAAGUGUAUGAAACAAAAUAUAUACAUACAUACAUAUAUAUAUAUAUACAUACAAGAAGCAAUGGAUUUAGUUCCAUGGCAAAUCAUUUGCUCAGAAAUUACAGAAUUGUUGAUUGUUUUGUUUUCCCUCUCCCUUCUCUUCUUAUGAAAUGUCUGAAAGGGUAGAACAGUCAGAUGGUUAUUCUGUCUGCCUACUCUUUCUUAAAUCCCUACCUGCAGUUAUAGAAGAGUCUUUUGUUGUUCUUCUGUUCCCCCUUCUCCUCCUCCUCCCCUCCUCCCAAUGUUUACAUUCAAUUUUCUCUUUCUGCCCCUUGGUGCUAUAUUAUUAGAUCUAAAAGUCAUUAAUUAUAGAAAUUCAGUUUCAUCUCUCAAGCUACACAUCACUUAGAUUCUAAUUCUGUUUAUCUGUUUGGAUGUAAUCCUCAAAAUAUUCAAAACAAUGCAUUAUAGUGCAGCAAUUUUUUUCAAUAACGUACCAAAAAGGUAAUUAACUAUUUAAUUGAAUUGAAAGAGAAAAAAACAAACCAAUUAGUUUGUGUACAUGUACUGCUGCAAGAAUAUGCAUGUAUAAGUAUUAUGAUGUGGGUAUACACAUCUGGUGUAAAAUGGUAUUACACAAAUAAAUAGUUGGUUAUGGUUAUCUAAAAAUAACCCAUUGCAGAAAUAUAUGUUAAAACACAGAACGCACUCCACACUACUCGAACGUAGGUAUGAUACUCAGUAUUUCACUGUUCAACUAUUGACUGUUAAACCAGCCCGUUAACAGUUCACUUGGUUCUUCUUUAUGAUAAUCGGUGAGUCCACCUUCAGUCACGCAGGGGUGUUCAGGAUUCUCCCAUAACAAUAAGUGCUUGUGUACAUGUGUGUGUGUCUGUGUCUGUCUGUGUGUGUGUGUGUGUGUGUAAAAACCUUCUAGAAUAGGAAAUAAUAGAAAAGUGUUUCAGCUGUGAUUAUCCAGGGUCUUUUUUUUCCCCUAGAUACAGUGAAUAUAUAGGGCUACAUUGGGUUUCAUAUGCAGAUUCCAUAAUAGAGUGAAUAUAUUGUUUGUCUAUUAGUAUGCCUGUUAACAGCCUGUGCGGAGGCGCAAUGGCCCAGUGGUUAGGGCAGCGGACUCGCGGUUUCGAUUCCCAGACCGGACAUUGUGAGUGUUUAUUGAGCGAA